UGGUUACAGCUGAGGUCCCAAAGAGGCAGUAUGGUCUCCCCAGCCAUUGCUCUGGCCUUCAUCCCCUUCCUGGUCACCUUGAUCAUCCGCUACCGGCACUACUUCCUGCUCUUCUACCGGGCGGUGCUGGUGCGCCGGCUGCAGGACUGCCUGACGGGCAUCUCCCGGGAGGAGCGGGCCUUCCAGUACGUCCUCACGCAUGCCAUCCCUGGCGACCCCCACCACAUCCUCGAGACCUUCGACCAGUGGUGCUACCACUGCGAGUACCUCAGCAACGUGGGGCCUCACAAAGGUAAGAUCCUGGACCGUCUGAUCUAUGAGAACACGCCGCUCACCGUGCUAGAGCUGGGCACGUACUGUGGUUACGCCACCAUCCUCAUGGCCCAGUGUCUGCCCAUGGGUGCCCGGCUCUACACCGUGGAGAUGGACCCACGCAAUGCCGCAGUGGCCGAGAAGGUCAUCCGCCUGGCCGGCUUCGACGAGGACACUGUGGAGCUGAUUGUGGGCGCCUCGGAGGAGGUGAUCCCGCAGCUGAAGGAGAAGCACGGCCUGCUCAAGGCCGACUUUGUCUUCAUGGACCACUGGAAGCGCUGCUACCUGCGGGACCUGCAGCUGCUGGAGGCCCACGGCCUGCUGCUCGAGGGAGCCACCAUUGUGGCCGACAACGUGGUCUUCCCCGGCGCGCCCCACUUCCUGCAGUACGUCAAGACCUGUGGCAAGUACCAGUGCAAGAUGCACAGGACCAGCUUGGAGUACUUCCGGGCCAUCCCCGAUGGCAUGGCCGAACUCACCUACACCGGCCUGGACUGA